ACGAGUGAGAGAGAAGAAGAGUCAAUGCAAAAGUCAAGAAAGAAAGAAAGAAGGAGAUGAAAUGAACCAGUUUAACGACUUCUUCAAUCUCCUAAAUUAUAAUAAACAAAGGCUGAAGUAGUUCUGUGUAUUAAUUUUGGUCUCAAUUGUUCUUGCUGUUUUGUGGUGGAUAAGUGUCAUUCACCACUACCACCAGGGCCUUUUUCAUGUUGAUGAGUAAUUGCAUGUGACGGCGGAAGUUUGAUACGUUAUUCCGGCUGCUUUCUGAUAAACAAAAUGACAAGCGACGUAAUCCAUAGUCUUGCAUUUAUUCCGGCUUCGGAAUCCCUGUUUCAGCUUAUAAAGCUCAUAAUUGCCACUGUACAAGCUGCAAAGGAUGUUGUUAUUGCAAAAGAGAGCUUUUCUAGACUCUCAUCUUAUUUGGGAAGGAUAGUUCUUGUUUUGGAAGAGUUAGCUAUGAAAAAUAUCGAUACUUCCCAGAGUUUGAGUACUGCUAUUGAGAUUCUUGAGCGCGAAAUUAAAGACGCAAAACAGCUAGUUCAGGAUUGUAGCAAGAGAAACAGAGUUUAUCUACUAGUCAAUUGCCGCAGAAUCAUUAAGCGUUUAGAACACACGACAAGGGAGUUCAGCCGAGCACUAAGUCUGAUCCCUUUGGCAUCCCUAGAUCUGUCAGUAGGUGUAAGUGAAGAGAUUAGUGAACUAUGUGAAACUAUGUUGAGAAUGGAAUUCAAGGCAGCUAUAGAGCAAGAAGAAAUCAUGGAGAGAAUCGAAUCUGGAAUACAAGAGAGGAAUGUCGAUCGAUCUUAUGCAAAUAAGUUGUUGGUUCUCAUUGCGGAAGCUGUUGGAAUCCAACCUGACCGAAUGACAUUAAAAAGGGAAUUAGACGGAUUUAAGACUGAAAUAGAAGAAGCACAGUUGAGGAAGGAUCAAGCCGAGGCUAUACAAAUGGAUCAGAUCAUUGCAUUGCUUGGAAGGGCGGACGCUGCUUCAUCUCCCAGGGAGAAGGAAACUUUAUAUAUGAGCAAGAGGAAUUCUUUAGGUACCCAACUCUUGGAGCCUCUCCAGUCAUUUUAUUGUCCCAUAACAAAAGAUGUUAUGAUAGACCCCGUCGAAACAUCGUCAGGGCAGACAUUUGAGAGAGCUGCAAUAGAGAAGUGGUUGGCAGAUGGGAAUUGUCUUUGUCCAUUAACCAUUACCCCGUUAAAUCCAAAUAUACUACGUCCAAACAAAACUCUUCAACAGUCAAUUCAAGAAUGGAAAGAUAGGAACACCAUGAUCAGAAUUGGUUCAAUGAAAUGCAAAAUCCUGUCGGAUGAUGACCAAGAAGUGCUUCAGACUCUUGGGCAAUUGCAAGAUAUUUGUGAAGAACGAACUUCCCGUCUGGAGUGGGUAGUACUAGAGAACUACAUACCGCUACUUAUUAAACGUCUCGGCGGGAAAAAUAAUCAGAUAAGAAACAGAAUUUUGGCCAUUCUUUGCAUUUUGGCCAAGGAAGAAGGUGACAUCAAGGAAAGAAUUCUCGACGUGGAUUCCUCCAUGGAAUUCAUUGUCCGUUCACUUGCACGUCGUCGGGAAAGUAAGUUGGCAGUGGCAUUACUAUUGGAAUUGUCAAAGAACAAUCGAGUGCGCGACCAUAUUGGAAAGACUCAGGGCUGCAUCCUCCUCCUUGUGACCAUCUCAAGUAGUGACGACAAUCAAGCUGCUAAAGAUUCAAGAGAGCUUUUGGAGAAUCUCUCAGCCCUCGAUCAAAACAUUAUAGAGAUGGCAAAGUCAAAUUAUUUUAAACCUUUACUGCAUCGUCUUUCUUCAGGACCCGAAAGUGUCAAAAAACUUAUGGCAAGAACUUUAGCAGAGAUGGAGUUGAGUGACAAUGGUAAAUCUACUCUGGUAGAAGAAGGGGUAUUGCCCCCGUUAUAUUGCCUAGUGUCUGAUGCUGAUCUGGAGAUGAAAGAAGUGGCUGUGAAAGCUCUGCAACAUCUUUCAAGUGUUCCACGGAAUGGCUUGCAAAUGAUUAGAGAGGGAUCAGCAAGAUUGUUGCUUGACCACCUUUACCAUCACUCAUCAUCCCCGAGGUUGAGGGAACAGGUGGGAGCUACAAUCAUGAACCUAGCAAAAUCAACCGAAGCAGAUCAAUCAGGUCUCACACGGUUGUCUUUCUUAGAAUCUGAUGAAGACAUUUUCAGGCUCUUCUCUUUAAUUAAUCUAACUGGCCCCACUGUGCAAAGAAGCAUACUCCAAACUUUUCAUUCAAUGUGUGAACCUCCCAAUGCAACAGAUAUCAGGUCUAAACUUCGACAGUGUUCAGCUAUUCAAGUAUUGGUUCAAUUGUGUGAGCUCGAUAACAUUCACCCCGAGGCAGUGAAACUCUUUUGUUGCUUGACACAAGAUGGUGAUGAAGGAAUGGUCUCAGAACAUGUAGAUCAGAGGUGCAUUCAAACUUUACUCAGAAUCAUCACAACGUCCGAUGAUGAGGAAGAGCUUACUGCUAUAAUGGGUAUCAUCUCCAAUCUUCCCAGAAACCCUAGCCAUAUCACUGAAUGGCUUAUAGAAGAGGGGGCUAUUCCAAUCAUUUUCAGAUUUCUUACAGAUGGAACUUUCAAUUCAAACCAAAUAAAAGAGAAUUCUGUUGGAGCUAUACGCCGUUUUAGUGUUUCAUCAAAUCAGGACUGGCAAAUGAAGGCAGCUGAAAUUGGUAUGAUCCCGGUAUUAGUUCAGUUGUUACAAUCAGGGACUUCUUUAAUGAAACAACAUUCGGCAUAUUCAUUGGCUCAGUUUUCUGAGAGUUCAAUUAGGCUAAGCCGGCCAAUAGAGAGGCGUGGGGGAUUCUUCUGCUGCUCACCACCUGCUGAAGCAGGUUGUCCAGUUCACCUGGGAGUUUGUUCUGUUGAAUCAUCAUUUUGCCUAGUGGAGGCCGACGCUGUGGAACCCCUUGCAAGGAUUCUUGGAGAGACAGAUUUUGAGGCCUGCGAGGCUGCUUUAGGGGCACUUUUGACGUUGAUAGAUGGAGAAAGAGUUCAAAGUGGUAGUAAAGUUCUCACUGAAAGAAAUGCCAUUAUACCUAUCAUAAGGUUGUUAAGUUCCCCUUCUGUGAUCUUGCAAGAAAAAGCUUUGCUUGCAUUAGAAAGAUUAUUCCGAUUGGUUGAGUUCAAGCAAAAGUACGGAGCUUCAGCUCAAAUGCCGCUGGUUGAUAUAACACAGAGAGGAAAUAGUGCUUCUAAAUCUUUGGCAGCUCGAAUACUGGCUCACUUGAAUGUACUUGACGAGCAGUCAUCAUAUUUCUGAAGGCAGCAACGGAUGCAAGUUUUAGUCAAUUUACUGCAAGAAAUGGCAAGUGAUAAACUACAGAAAUAUGACAGAAAUAGUUUCUUCACUUUGUGUUCUAAAUGCAGUAAAGGAUGAUCGAUCCGGUAGAACGCGAAACGAAAGCGGAAUUUUUUUGGAGGAGGGAUUAUGUUUCCCUGGAGAUUCUUCAAUCUUACACAUUUCUCUUUCUGCUAGUUUCAUUCUAUUUCUUGUUAUAUUGAUGCGAGAAGAGUGCACCAAUUCAUCCUCUUAUCGCAGGUAUAUAUGUAUAACAUCUAUUUUUUUGUUCCUCAUUUAUCUUGAACUGAAGCUGAUAAGAUUUCAAAUAACAGCGACUUUGUAAUUUGUACACGAAUAUCAAACUCAAAAUUAAAAAAUUUAGACA